UCAUUUCCGCGCGCGCGUUUCGUGAUAACGCGACGACGACCGCCGUCGCCGCCGCCGGCUAUGCACUCAGUACGCGUUUGAUAUCCGUCCCCGGUGCAACUGCAGCCGUUCCGUGUUCUCCACACGUGACCACGCGUUCCCGGCUCGGCCGUGCGCACAAUAAUAUUGUACACUUCAAUAAUAUCAAUAUUAAUAUUUAAUAAUAAAAAUAAUUACUACAACACAUGCGAACCGUCAUACAUCGGUCCAGUGCCUUGUCGCUUGGUUUAUUUUUUAAAAAGAAAAAAAUUACCGCCAUCGACAAAACGGACGACACCGUAAAAAAAUCACGCGGCAGUGAUAUUAUCAUUUUAUUUUUAUUAGCGUUAUUUAUUAAUAUUAUUAUUAUUAUUUUUUAAUUAAAAUUUUUAUCUGAUCGCGAUUUUCCUGACGGGAAAUCCCGAAACGGCUACACGCUGCAGCCGUUGUCGCCGCCGACGUCGCCUACACCGCCUUCACCAUUUCAGCGUAGUAAUUCACACGCCAAGAUGGAGCAUUCACCAUAUUCGCAAAGUCCGAGUCCGUCAUCGUCAUUGGUAAACUUUCCAACACCUACAAACUUACCAGAUAUCAGAUUACACAGACCAUUUAGUCAGAUGCACGACCUCAAGCACCUACACAUUCCGUUCAAUAUGAGGUUCAUGGAGAACUACCCGGCGCUGCCCGCUCACCUGCUGCACCAUCUACAGCCGCCGUUCUUGCAUCCAGCGUUGGACCCGCGGCUAUCAUUUUCACCGGCGGGCGUGUUCCAACCGCUCGGCUCGCCGAGUCCGCACCACCAACAUCCACACCACCAACAUCACUCGCACCACGCGGCCGCCGCAGCCGCGGCCAGUCUCAAAGGGUUCACUUCGGCGUUCGCGCCCCCGUCCAAAUGCUACAAGAUGGACGACAAACAGACAUCGCACGCCGAAGGAACUGCGCAACAACAGCAGUCGGGUUCACACCAACAACAGCAUCAUCAACAACAACAGCAGCAGCAACAACAACAGCAACAACAACAACAACAACAACAACAACAACAACAGCAACACCAGCAGCAACAACCGGUGCCGCCGUCGUUUCCGUAUCCACCCAGGAGGAGUCCUUGUUCACCGGGAAACAUGCCCGUAUCACCGCCAUCGUCCAAUGCCGCCGCGACAAUGCAACAGCAGCACAAGGACGAGUGCUCGGACAGAGACACACCGAGUUCCGGCGCGAUUUCCGAAGACGGCAGGAUGAUCAGAAGGAAAAAACUGUCGCCGCCCAUGACGACGGCCUCGACGCCGACGCCGGCGGCCAACGGCGGUGCCGGAUCGACGACGUCCACCGCGACGACGGCCGCCGCCGUGGUCAACAACAACAACAAUCACAGCAACAACAACAACAACGGGUCGUCGAUCAAGCAGCAGCAACAGCAACAGCAAUCCUCGGCCGGCGGCCAACAGCUGCAGAUGUCCGCGGCCGCGGCCGGCUGCUGCCCCGUGUGCGGGACGGCGCUCCGCACGGCCCACGAGCUCGAGUCGCACUUCAUCUGGGAACUGGAACGGCUUUACAAGCAAGCGGCCGCGGCGGGGCGCCGGCACCGUGGAGGAGGUGCGGCCGACAAGCUGGGCGACGGCGGUCACCACAACAUGCACGGUCUCAUGGUGUGCUCCAGGGACGGCGGCCGGUUGUCGCCGGUCGCGGGCGGCAGCAGCAGAGACGCCACGCUACACGGCCGAUGGGAGACAUAUCAAAAAGUCAAGGCCAAUCGACACAACCGGUUGAGGAUCAAAAAUCGGAAACGGAAACCCGACGAGAUGCUGCUGACGCCGACGCCGGCAACCUGCUGCUGUCCCGUUUGCAAUGAGCCUGUGGCCGCGGCCACCCAGGAGCAGAUGAACGCUCACGUGGAAAUGUGCCUGAGGAACAAAGGUCACCCAUCAGUGGCAACCGCGGGUAACGACGACGAAGACGAGAACGUGGACGUAGAAGGCGACACAGAGACGACGAUGUACGAUAUCGUAUACGGCGGUGCUAGUAGCGGUUGGCACGGUCAACAGCCGCACAACAGGAUGAGACAGCAGAUGCUCAUGCACGGUGGCGGAUUCAACAGAGGUGCCGCAGCCGUGGCGAUCAACUGUUCCAGCUCCGGAAAUGCGGCCCAGCAACCGCCGCCCAGGCAGUCGGCGACCGGUGGCGAAGACUCGGCCGGCGGUGCCGAGGACGCGGUGUUGGUGGUCGACGACAACGACAACGAAAACGGCGGCAGCAGCAGCGGCAGCUUAUACAACAAGUACGGCCCUAACCAGUACGCCGAACGGGACGUAAUCGUCCCGUCACGUCCUCCUACCGCUUCUUCGGAGAGUCGCCGACUUUCACCCGCCGAGCUGAACGAUCCGAGCGCAAUGGAGGCGAUGGACUCGUGCGAAAACGUCGGGCCGCUGGACGUGUCGAUCAAAAAGGAAAACACACAAGACGAGGGGACUGUAAAAGCUAAAAUGGACGUGGACAAGUACUGUGCACAGUUCAACAACAACGGUCAAGUGGUCGAAGCGCUGAAAGCCCGGAUCCGGGAACUGGAGUCGGCGUCCAAGACCGGCAGCGACAAGUUUACUUGUCUAUUGUGCAAAGGAAAUUUCAAAGAUCCCGUCGUGUCGACGUCGUGCUGGCACGUGUACUGCGAAGUGUGCUGGCUACAAAUACUGGGUGCUAAAAAACUGUGUCCGCAGUGUUACGUGAUAACGCUUCCGUCCAACUUGCGUCGCGUUUACCUGUAAAGCGGCCCGAGAAGCUGUGCAGCUGCGGGACGCGUCAAAGCGCGGUGAUGAACGCAGCCGAAAAUGUUUCCGGCGGGCUGCUCGUCUCCGUCGCCGCGGGCCAUCGCAUAUAUUAUAUUAUAUUUAUUUGUAAAUUAUUUCAUUGUAAUUUUUAUUUUUCCCGGUUUGCCGCGUGUUUUCUUUCCGAUUUCGUUUCCAAAUUUAUUGUUGUACAAACCUUUUCGCGACGGUAUACGACACAUCGUCAUAUUAUAUUAUUAUGUGUACAAUGUACCUUUAAACUAUACACCCGCAUUAUAUCCUAUUAUAUCCUAUAUAUAUAUAUAUAUACGCACGCAACGCGUGACCUUAGGUCAUACGUCGUCGCCGCACAACGUACAGGGGGUACCUGUGUAUAUAAUAAUACAAUGUGCCGUAUGUAUGUAUGGUGGCAUUUACGCGUUUUCCACGAUUCGGUCAUCUUCUAACUUAUCAAUAUACAAUGUGCUACAUACAGUGGCGUAUAUAAAAAUUAAUUUCAGGGGGGGUUAAAUUCCAAUUAAUCAUACAAUCAAAAUCAAUGCCCGUACCAACCAUACAUUUCAGGGGGGGGUUGAACCCCUAAAUACCCCCUAUACACGCCACUUGGCAAAACCAAAUAUAUAUAUGCACGAAAUUAUUAUUUGUACAUAGGUACCUUAUAUACUAUAUUAUAUAUAAUAUGAACUACACACUCGCGCACGACCAUCACCGCCGCGGCGUGUUUACGCAUCAACACUGUAUCAUUCUACAACAGAUAUACCACUCGCGUACGAAAACGUUAGGUAUUAAAUACGCUCACAGACGCGUUUGUAAAUAAUAAUAUUAAACUGUACGUAUAACAGUCCGACGACGGUCUAACCCACCUGCUGAUGCUGCUGCUGCUGCUUCGGAAUUCGAGAUCGUAUAUAGGACACUUCCCCCCCUCCCACCCGACAACCCGGUUGCGACACUGAGCUUUACUGAGCUCGCGGUAUACUGUGAUAAGUACACACACACACACAUUUAUAUAUAUACGUAGACGAAACAACAUCGAAAAGUCUGAAACGCCUUCCACGCCGUUCGACCACCCUCGCGAGUUUUAUCGCUGCAGUGUCGCAUGCAGUGAGUUCGACGGCCGAUUGCACCCCGGUGAAAAACACUGCACCUCCCGAUAUACGCGUGCGGUGUGGGUGUGCGCGAGUGUGUAGUUACGUUCACUGGCACGUGUGUUAAAAAUUAUGUACAUUAUUUAUAACAUUAUAACGAUAUACUUACGUUAUGUUUUUUUUUCUUCUUAUUAUAGUGAAAGUAGAUGUUUAAUAUUAUUAUAUUUAUAACGUAGGGAUAAUCGCUUUGUCGUUUGACGUUAGCAAAAAAAAAAAAAAAUAAAAAAAUAAAGUAUAAACGUCAUCAUAUUAUGUGCUAUGACUGCGAGAAUCUUCAUUAGUCUUAUUAGGAACGAUAUAAGUAUAAUAUUAUAUACAUUACAAUAUUACAUUAUAUAGUUUAAAUUUAAAAUAACAUUAAUAUUAUAAUAGGUAUAUAGAAACUGUUAAUCUAACGAUAAUGUUAUAUAAUAUUAUUAUAUAUACCUAAGCCCAGUACGAUAUUAUUGUACAUCGUACUGAAAACGGUGCAUUUUGUAAAAAUCGACGAAACGUGCAGCGUGCCGCGUAUGCGAUUUCAAAGACAUACAAAAAGAAACAUUUUAAAAUACCGAAAUCGUUAGGUAGUUCCUCCGAAUACAGAGAAAGCGCCGUUUUUUGCACGCGUUAAAGUCACGAACGGAAAGUUUUUCAACGACUAUCGGGUCGACUGCAGAAACGUUACUAAGGCGGUUUUCGAGGACUUAGAAAUAAUGAUAAAUUUAAUAAUAAUAGUAAAAAAAUAAAGUGAAAUCAAUGGCCAUGCAGGGUGUAAAAACACUGAAAUCUGACAAAACUGAAAUGAUCCAAGAGCAACAAGAUGAUCGAUACAUAGGACUUAACGAUGACGAACUCGUCGUUGCUAACUUAGUGGCGAUUUCUUUCGGGAUUUUUUCAUUUCGUUUUCUUCACGACCGCGUUUUCCCAAAAUCUCAUGACAGCACCUUUUGCCAAUUCGAAAUGGAUGGGCGAAUGUUAUUUACUUAUAAUUAUUGAAACCCUAGCUGUAGACGACUUAAACUCCGUUUCAAUACGCGCACCGCGUUCUGACGUCGAACAAUUUUUAUUUAAAAAAACACUACCUAAAUAUUAUAACCGAUAAAUUUAUAAAUCUUUUAUUAUAUUUCAUUAUUAUAUUCAUUAUAUUCAACUGUAUAUUGUGUUUCGUCUCCUAUAUAAUAUAUCUGGCGUUUAUCAUCAUGAGAAAAACGUGUUAUUAUAUAUUAUUAUUAAUUAUUAUUAUUGUAAUUAUUAUUACUAUUAUUAUUAUUAUUAUUAUUAUUACCUAUUAUGAUCAUUAUUAUUAUUAUAAUUUUUAUUAUGAUUAUUA